AUGAGCGUGGUUACCAAUCGAUUCUCUGUUUUACAGAAACAAUUAGAUUCGGAAUUGCAUUCAUUGUCUUCAGAAUCUAAAAGAAGAAAUCCACAAAUUAAGAGUGCUAGUGACAAAUCCAUUAAGAUUUUGAAGACAGUUCAUAAUACUGAGGAUCUACUAAGACAUCCAGACUUCGUUGUUCCAUUUAUUUUGGCGAGUUCGUCGAGAAAUGCUAAAUUAACAUCUAUUGCAAUUCAAUGUUUACAAGGUUUAUCGUCGUCAGAAUGUAUUCCAAAGUCUAGACUCUCUGAAGUCCUUGAUGGAUUUAUGGAAUCUACAAAUCUGGCAAUGGAAAUCCAAUUAAAAGUCUUACAAGUUGCCCCCAUUUUUUUCAAGACCUAUGCGAGAUAUGUAACAGGUGAACUAUGUUCGAAAUUAUUACAAUGUUGUGCUAGUCUAUUACAAACACCGCAUAAAUCUUCGAUUGUCGCAGGAACUGCCAGUGCUACUUUACAACAAUUAAUUAAUGAAAUUUUUGACCGACUUUCGGAUGAGGCACUCUUGUUAGAGUCGACAGAUAGUAAAAGAUCUAUUUCACCACAACAAGAGUUUGAAGUCCUUAUAAAUAACUCUGAAACUAUCAAGGUCAAUACUUAUAGAUACGAUGCAAACAGAUUAUUUGCAGCAUUAUUUCAUUCCUUAGAACCCAAAAAUAGUGAUAAUAAUAAUAAUUCAAAAGAUAUUAGCUCAUACCUAAAUGUAAAUGAAUUACCACUUGGGUAUGGUUUAGAGAUUUUAGAAUCGAUUUUGGCUAAUAAUUCUGAAACUUUUGUGAAAUAUGAAGAUUUACAAUUUAUCUUGAAGAUUAAAGCCAUCCCAUUAUUAUUAAGAUCGGUGUCUAACUCGAAAAGUUUUGCAAUAGUAGUAAGAAGUUGUCGUUGUAUAAGAUUACUAUUGAAGAAGGAAUACCUUCCAAUCCUUGAAAUAGAACUAGAGGUCAUAUUGUCACUGUUAAUUCAUAAUCUUUCAUUGGCAUCUCAAUUAACUAAUUGGCAAAGAAUUUUAGUACUGGAAAUUUUUAAUGAAGUUUCAAAGGAUAUCGAAGUAAUAUCUGCAAUUUUCUUUUCAUAUGAUAAUUUUCCUGAUAAAAAGCAUGUUUUGUCUAAUUUAUUACAAGAAUGUUAUAAACUUUUGCGUUCAGAUGAAUGCAUUGCAUAUUUAAGUGAAUCUCCUGUAAUAGAGAAGAUGGAUAUGACACAUAUUUCCAAUGAGGAAAUGAGUUCCAAACCUAAAUAUCUCCAACUUUUAGAUAAAAAUAAUGCUCCAUCCACAAAUCAUGGUUAUAUAAUUUGGUUGAUAAUGAGUUUUACAUGUAGUUGGUCAGAAGGAAUCAAUUCUUUACUUAUUGACCAAAGCAUUAAACAACAAGGGACUAAUAAUGAUGAGAUGGUGCCAUUUUAUAAUGGUAUCUUCCCAGAAUUAUUCAAAAUUUUCAAAAUAUCACUUUAUUCUACUGCUAUUGAUUCGCAUCUAUUUCAUUCUAUAGUAAGGGCAUUUCAAAAACUUGGGUAUAGUGCAGGAAUUUUGAGUUUAUCGGAACCAUUAGAUAAGUGUUAUGAGACGUUUGCUUUUGCAAUUGUAAAUAACGUUGCGAGUGUUGUGGAAGAAGGAACUCCUGAGUUUAAAGAUGAUCAGGAUACUACUCAGGCAGGAAAUACAUCAGGCUACUUGAAUGCUAUUAGUGAGACACUUAUUGGGACCAACACUGAGGAACCAAUAAAAGAUGAAGAAGCUGAGAAAAAGAAAUUGCACAAGAGAUCAUUUAAUUCGAAGCAUAUCAGUCUUUUCCGUGCAUUAAUUUCAUUAUCUAUAUCAUUAGGAUCAAACCUAAAAUCAACACACUGGGAAUAUGUAUUCCUUACAUGGCAAUGGGUUUCAUACUAUAUCUAUGGGCCAUCCAUAGAUUUUAUGGAAAGUUCAUAUUCUGAAGAUAUUCCGUCAGCACCUAUAAUUUCGAAGAACGACACAUCCAGCAUUGAAACUGGAGUCUUAAAAUUAUUUGAGAGUACAUCUACCUACUCAUCAUUAUCCUUGCAGACAUUACUAAAAUGUCUAAUUAAACAAUCGGAUGAAGUUUUAGUCAUGGAUAACAUACCCGAGAAUUACCACCCUAUUGACUCUGAUAAGCAAAUUAUUGAGUGUAUUUACAAUAAAGGAUUCUACAUUACCCAGAUUGGUGAAAUAUCGACAUAUAAUUACGACAGAUUUCUCACUGGUACAAAAGGUAAAGAUGCAUGGAAUUUAGUAAUUAAUUAUUUUAUAUCUUUGAUCGCAAAUAGAUCAGUUGAAAGUUCCUCCUUAAGAUUAUACAUUGCAAGAGUAUUUACAGAUAUCUUGAAGAAUGCGACAGAAGAUGUUAGUCGAGCAGCGGAAGAAGAAAAGGACAGUAAGAAAUUUAGUGUGUUAGAAGAUUUCGUUAUGUGUGCACUGAUGGAUACUAUUGAUGCCUUAAGUAAGCUGACAAUUACAAAAACUGAAAUUUACAAAGGUAUAUUAAAUGUUGAGUCAGAAAUAUUGUUACAGAUUCUAUCUACAUUGAAGGAUAUAUUAAAUGAAUUUGGGGAAGCUCUAACUCAUUCUUGGUUUACGAUCUUUAAGGUAAUCAACUCACCAUUUGAGGUCUUAAGUUAUGAUACUAUGAGUAUGAAUAAAGAUGAUGCAGAAGAGUCUUCCUUAAUUAAUGCAAUUUUCCAAAAGCAACUGGAAAUGAUUCAAAUCUCGUACGAUGUUUUCAAAUUAAUCUCUGAUGAUUUCCUGCAAUCUCUCCCUCUCGAAAUCAUCAAAUAUGUUAUUAAUACAUUGGUAAAUUUUGUAGGCCAGGAUAGGAAUUUAAACAUCUCGUUUUCCUCGAUUAGUCAAUUUUGGUUAGUCGGUGACUAUUUAAGAAGUAGAAAAACAACAGAGUGUCAGUUAUCGGACAGCAGUACUACAGAUUUUAUGAAAUUAUUAUCAUCAGGCGAUUUGACCAAAGUUAUAACUUCUAAUGAUCAACCCUUACCAUUAAUCUAUAACGGAUUAUGGAUAUACUUAUUAAAAAAUUUGAUGAAGUGUACUGAUGACAACAGAACAGAUGUGAAAAAUGGUUCUAUACAGACAUUUUUUAGAAUUGUAGAUUCGCAUACCAACUGCCUUCCACCAUGGGAUAUUAUAUUUGAUGAAGUUUUGGAACCAUUAUUGCUUAGAAAUGAAACUCUUGAAAAUGCUGGAAAUUACAUGGAGUUUUAUGAUAUUGCAAUGAAAGGUUUAUUGAAACUUUUCCCAUUAUAUUUUAAGACCUUUAAAAAUCCGAAUAACCAGUCAAGAGCUUGGCUGGCAUUAGAACAAUUCCUGAAAGCUCUAUUUUCAUCACAUGUGGUGUCUAUAAAGUAUGUGUCAAUUAAAUAUUAUGCUGAACUGUUAAGGGUAAUGGCAACUAUCGAAUGUAUACCCCAAGAACUUCUUGAAAAGGCUUACAAGAUUUGGGUAAAUUAUAAAAUUGUGUACGGGGAUACCCAACUAGGAGACCCAUUCAACAGUAAAUCUGAAUAUGAUUGUGUUUUAGAGCUAAUAAACGCAUUUCCACUUCUUUACAAAUUAAUGGUUGAUAGAGACUUGGUUACUGAGGCCUUUGUAGAGGAAUCAUUAAAUGUUUUUAAUACCGCUUCUAGAUAUCCUCUACUACCAGAACAUAGUAAUGACAAUAAAAGACUAUCUAGUCUACAGAAAUCCAUUUAUGACGCAUUGAAUUUAUUUGAUAAAAAUCAAUCAAGUAAUAUAGAAUUAUUACUGUUGUUCCAAAUUACUAGAAUAUGUACGCUUACAUUUGAUACAAGAGAAAAAAUCGAGGCAAAACUUGGUGCUAAAUUUGGAACAGAAGCCUCGAAUCGUGUACCAACAUUUGAGAUUAUUAGUUAUGAUGCUUGUAAUUUGUUGUUAAAGCGUCUUCAGGAUACAAAUGGCGGUGAAAAAAUGCCAUUAGGAAAGGAAAAAUAUGUUAUAAAAAUUCUAAGGAACUUAUCAGAUAUUAUUAGAAGGAAAUCGAUGAUUGGUAUGACACCAAACGAAAAACCUCCAAUAUGGAUAUUAGCUUCUUAUUCAUUUAGAAUACUAGUUAUUAACAUAUUCAAUAACUUCAGAGAAGAUAACACUUCCUCAUCUUUUAUGGAUGAGUUCCAUGAGAUUUUUAUUGAGGCAAUAACCAAUACUAUAGAUAAGGAUAAUGGAAGUAUGCAGGAAUUCUUAAGGGAAGAAGAUAUAAAUGAAUACUACCAUUAUCGUGAAAUUUUCCUAAAACCAGAGGUAAUUUCUUCGUUGACAGAAGAACAGCUUAAGUAUUUUAUAUCCGUUGUUUGGAAGAACUCUUUGAUAUAUCAUUUGGAUGAAAUUGAAGAAAUUCUUGUAGAUUCGAAACCUACAUUUACAGAAGUUACUGAGGAGUUAUCCACAACAGAUUUUGGUGAGAUAUUUGGAUCGAUUGUCGAACCUCCACACUACGAUAAACUUGAAAUUUCUAUGGUCUGCCUCCAGGAUUUAGUACGUUUUGUGAAGAUUCAAGGCAAUGCUUAUCAAAAGUUAAGGGAUAUUACUGUUCCUUAUUUGGUGUGUAGGAGUGCUUUUGUUUUGAGAAGAUUUAUUCUGGAUGAGAGUUUAAUAAACAAGGCACCAAUUCCAAGCUUAAGAAGGAUCGAACUAUUAUGUCUCUUAAGGGGAUUAUGUGAUAUUAUUGAUGAAUAUCCUGAUCCGGAGAAUGUAGAUGCAACUUCAAUAACAUUUAAAAAUAUUCUUCUACUCGCACCAUUGGUUUUGAGGGCAAUUCCUAUAUCACACAAAGUUGAUGGCCUACAAGAUAGAGUUCUCAAGAUGUCCUUAGUAUUUACAAAAAUAAUAUCUCAAUGA